AAACAAACUGCAAGAUUCCACCAUUCCUUCAACUAAAAAAGUAAAAGAAAAAACAUGGAAAUCUUUUCUUUACAGACUCUUCUCUUCUUUAUUCUUUCCAUCUCUCUCUUUAUUUUCUUUUAUGGCCAAAACCAAUCAAAGAAACCAAAUUCCAAAGGCAUCAGAACAUACCCAUUCCUCGGGAGCUUGCUGGAAUUCGUGAAGAAUCGGCACCGGCUCCACGACUGGUUGACGGAAGUCCUCGCCGAUCAGCCGACUAAUACGGUCACGUACCGACGGCUAGGGAAAGUCGGGGAAGUCAUUACGGCUGACCCGAAGAACGUAGAGCACGUGCUCAAGACCAACUUCGACAACUAUCCGAAAGGCGAUCUCUUCAUCUCGUUGUUGGAAGAUUUCCUCGGCCGCGGGAUCUUUAACUCAGACGGCGAUCUAUGGAAGGUACAAAGAAAGACAGCAAGCUUCGAAUUCAACACAAAAUCCCUCCGUAAUUUCUCCGUCGACACCGUCCACUUCGAAAUACAACACCGACUACUACCACUGUUAAAGAAAUCCAGCGAAAAUGGCGAAACCGUCGACCUCCAAGAUAUUCUUGAACGUUUUGCAUUUGAUAAUAUCUGCAAGGUCGCCUUCAAUGCAGACCCCGCGUGCCUCGGUGGUGAUGGAGAGGCUCGCGGCGAGCUUUCCCACGACUUCGCCCGCGCUUUCACUGACGCGACGAACCUCAGCGCCGGACGGUUCAUGUACGUAAUGCCCUUCCUAUGGAAAAUCAAGAAACUGUUUGAUUUUGGUUCGGAGAGACGGCUUCGAGAAUCGAUCAUGAUUGUAAAUGACUUUGCGAUGAAGAUCAUACAGUCAAGAAAGAAAGAAGGUUCCAAUCACAACGACGAUCUUUUAUCCCGAUUCAUCGCGAGUGGCGAUAACUCGGAGGAUUAUCUUCGAGAUAUCGUCGUGAGUUUCAUACUCGCAGGUCGCGACACUACAUCGACUUCACUCGCAUGGUUCUUUUGGCUACUCUCAUCGAGACCCGACGUCGAGCUUCUGAUCUUGGAUGAGUUGAAAUCGGUACGUUCCCGAAACCCUAAUUCUGGUGAGUUUUUUGGUUUUGAAGAAUUACGAGAAAUGCAUUAUCUUCAUGCAUCGAUCUCGGAAGCUUUGAGGCUUUAUCCACCGGUGGCGAUUGACUCGAAGGCGUGCUUGAAAGAUGAUAUCUUACCGGAUGGAACUUUUGUUGGGAAAGGUUGGUUUGCGACGUACCAUGCGUAUGGAAUGGGAAGAAUGGAGAGUAUUUGGGGAAAGGACUGUCGGAGUUUCUUGCCGGAACGGUGGUUAGAGAACGGGUCUUUUCGACCCGAGAACCCAUUUAAGUAUCCGGUUUUCCAUGCGGGUCCUAGAAUGUGCCUUGGGAAGGAGAUGGCGUAUAUACAGAUGAAGUUGAUUGCUGCAUGUGUGAUGGAGAGGUUCGAGAUCGAUGUGCUUGAGAAGGAUAAGUGUCCUGAGCAUAUGCUCUCUUUGACGCUGAGAAUGAAAGAAGGAUUGCCUGUACGCGUUAGGGAGAGAACAUGACUAUGUAAGACACAAUAUAUAAGUGAGAACUGAAAGAUUGGGUUUAUAUGCACCUCU